ACCAGAAUUACGAAAGACGGAAAUUGUAAAAGAGACAAGAUUGCUGCUAAAAUGACUCUAAGCACUACAGUAGAUUUUUUUUUGCCACAUACAAAAAGGUGCUGAAGAUUUACUAAAAAACCUUGUCAAUGGGAGAUAAAGGUGACUGUGAUAUCAAAAAGUAAAGUACUCUCAGUACUUAUCAUCAUGCCGAAAGGGGUGCCAAAAGACCCAGAGAUUUCGGAUCUGUUCUACAAAGAUGAUCCUGAAGAACUUUUUAUUGGUUUGCAUGAAAUUGGGCAUGGAAGUUUUGGAGCCGUUUAUUUUGCCACGCAUGCUCAUACUAAUGAAGUGGUGGCAGUUAAGAAAAUGUCCUAUAGUGGAAAGCAAGCACAUGAGAAAUGGCAAGAUAUUCUUAAGGAAGUCAAGUUUUUACGAAAAUUGAAGCAUCCCAAUACCAUAGAAUACAAAGGCUGCUACUUAAAAGAACACACUGCAUGGUUGGUGAUGGAAUAUUGCUUAGGCUCAGCCUCAGAUUUAUUAGAAGUUCAUAAGAAACCGCUUCAGGAAGUGGAGAUCUCUGCCAUUACUCACGGUGCCUUGCAAGGGCUAGCCUACCUGCAUUCUCAUGCAUUGAUUCAUAGGGAUAUUAAAGCGGGAAAUAUUCUUCUAACAGAGCCAGGUCAGGUGAAACUAGCUGAUUUUGGAUCUGCCUCAAUGGCUUCCCCUGCCAACUCCUUCGUGGGCACACCUUACUGGAUGGCACCAGAAGUGAUCUUAGCUAUGGAUGAAGGACAGUAUGAUGGGAAAGUUGAUGUUUGGUCACUUGGAAUUACCUGUAUUGAAUUAGCGGAACGGAAGCCCCCACUUUUCAACAUGAAUGCAAUGAGUGCCUUAUAUCACAUUGCUCAGAAUGACUCUCCCACAUUACAGUCUAAUGAAUGGACAGACUCCUUUAGGAGAUUUGUUGAUUACUGCUUGCAGAAAAUACCUCAGGAAAGGCCAACAUCAGCGGAACUAUUACGGCAUGACUUUGUUCGACGAGAUCGGCCACUGCGUGUCCUAAUUGACCUCAUACAAAGGACAAAAGAUGCUGUUCGUGAGCUAGAUAACCUGCAGUACCGGAAAAUGAAAAAAAUCCUUUUCCAAGAGGCACGAAAUGGACCCUUGAAUGAAUCACAGGAAGAUGAAGAAGACAGCGAACAUGGAACCAGCCUGAGCAGGGAAGUGGACAGCCUGGGCAGCAACCACUCCAUCCCAAGCAUGUCUGUGAGCACAGGCAGCCAGAGCAGCAGUGUGAAUAGCAUGCAGGAGGUCAUGGACGAGAGCAGCUCUGAGCUGGUCCUGAUGCAGGAGGACGAAAGCACGAUAAGUUCCAGUUCCUCCAUUGUGCAUAAGAAGGAUCAUGUAUUCAUAAGGGAUGAGGCGGGCCACGGCGAUCCCAGGCCUGAGCCGCGGCCUACCCAGUCAGUUCAGAGCCAGGCCCUCCACUACCGGAACCGAGAGCGCUUUGCCACGAUCAAAUCAGCAUCUUUGGUUACACGGCAGAUCCAUGAGCAUGAGCAGGAGAACGAGUUGCGGGAACAGAUGUCAGGUUAUAAGCGGAUGCGGCGCCAGCACCAGAAGCAGCUGAUCGCCCUGGAGAACAAGCUGAAGGCUGAGAUGGACGAGCACCGCCUCAAGCUACAGAAGGAGGUGGAGACGCAUGCCAACAACUCGUCCAUCGAGCUGGAGAAGCUGGCCAAGAAGCAAGUGGCUAUCAUAGAAAAAGAGGCAAAGGUAGCUGCAGCAGAUGAAAAGAAGUUCCAGCAGCAGAUCUUGGCCCAGCAGAAGAAAGACUUGACAACUUUCUUAGAAAGUCAGAAGAAGCAGUAUAAGAUUUGUAAGGAAAAGAUAAAAGAGGAAAUGAAUGAAGACCAUAGCACACCCAAGAAAGAAAAGCAAGAGCGGAUAUCCAAGCAUAAAGAGAACUUGCAGCACACACAGGCUGAAGAGGAAGCCCACCUUCUCACUCAACAGAGACUGUACUACGACAAAAACUGUCGUUGCUUCAAGCGGAAAAUAAUGAUCAAGCGGCACGAGGUGGAGCAGCAGAACAUUCGGGAGGAACUAAACAAAAAGAGGACCCAGAAGGAGAUGGAGCACGCCAUGCUAAUCCGGCACGACGAGUCCACCCGAGAGCUCGAGUACAGGCAGCUGCACACGUUACAGAAGCUUCGCAUGGAUCUGAUCCGUCUGCAGCACCAGACUGAACUGGAAAACCAGUUGGAGUACAACAAGAGGCGAGAACGGGAACUGCACAGAAAGCAUGUCAUGGAACUCCGGCAACAGCCCAAAAACUUAAAGGCCAUGGAAAUGCAAAUUAAAAAACAGUUUCAGGACACUUGCAAAGUACAGACCAAACAGUAUAAAGCACUCAAGAAUCACCAGUUGGAAGUUACUCCAAAGAAUGAGCACAAAACAAUCUUAAAGACACUGAAAGAUGAGCAGACGAGAAAACUUGCCAUUUUGGCAGAGCAGUAUGAGCAGAGUAUAAACGAAAUGAUGGCCUCUCAAGCGUUACGGCUAGAUGAGGCUCAAGAAGCAGAAUGCCAGGCCUUGAGGCUACAGCUCCAGCAGGAAAUGGAGCUGCUCAAUGCCUACCAGAGCAAAAUCAAGAUGCAAACAGAGGCACAGCACGAGCGGGAGCUCCAGAAGCUAGAGCAGAGGGUGUCUCUGCGCAGAGCACAUCUUGAGCAGAAGAUUGAAGAAGAGCUGGCUGCCCUUCAGAAGGAACGCAGCGAGAGAAUAAAGUAUCUAUUGGAAAGGCAAGAGCGAGAGAUUGAAACUUUUGACCUGGAGAGCCUCAGAAUGGGAUUUGGGAAUUUGGUUACAUUAGAUUUUCCUAAGGAGGACUAUAGAUGAGAUUAAAUUUUUUGCCAUUUACAAAAAAAAGAAAAAGAAAAGAAAAAUGAAAAAAAUUCCGACCCUGCGAACCACAUUCCCCAUUUUAACGGGCGUCGCUCUCUCUCUCUCUCUUUCUCUCUCUCUUUCUCUCUUUCUCGCUCUCUCUCUCUUACUCUUACUGACAUCGUGUCGGACUAGUGCCUGUUUAUUCUUACUCCAUCAGGGGCCCCUUCCUCCCCCCGUGUCAACUUCCAGUGCUGGCCAGAACCUGGCCACUUCUACUCAUAGUACACGUCACAGUACUGAUGUGAUUCAAAACGUUUCAGUGAAAGCUUUGGAGAGUUUUAGCAAAACCAAUAAACCAACAACAACAAAGUGGAUGUAUGUUGCUUUAAGCAAGCAUUCAUUACGACCAAUCUGAAAGUCAAGCAAAAAACAGAAAAAAAGAGUUAAUAAUAAUAAUAAACGCCAAGGGGGAGAGAGACACAAUAUCCGCAGCCUUACACCUUAACUAGCUGCUGCAUUAUUUUAUUUUAUUUUUUUGGUAUUUAUUCAUCAGGAAUUAAAAAAAAACAAAGUUUUAUUAAAGAUUGAAAAUUUGAUACAUUUUACAGAAACUAAUUGUGAUGUACAUAUCAGUGGUGACAUAUUAUUACUUUUU